UUCAACAUGGCGACGCACACAUGCUCCUGUGUGUACAUAUAACGCUUUACCGUAACCUUGCAACUGUCAACUGCUGGUUUGCGAAACUGAUUAGUAUAAUGAAUAUAAUUUGGACGCGUAAUUGUGAAAAAUGUCACUACUGUCUCGACUGAAGUUAUCGUGAAAUAAUAGAAUGACUCCUCUGACUACUGCGUGCUUAUGUUAAUCGAGGAGUGACGGUUUUGUGUUUGCUAGCUGUUAAAGAUAGUUUGGGUCUUUCACGAAACCUUACAUUAAAGGAUGUGGAACCUAAACUAUUUAAAAUUCAUAGAUCAGGGACGUCUGCUGUCUCAAAGACUUUGUAGCAACUGCAUCGCACGUCUUCGUCAAUGUGACGGCAGUCCUAGAAGAGGCUUAUUUCUGUUAAGCAGGAAUAAAUCUUUUGUAACUCAAAUACAAUCUGCUUCAAAAUCACCCUGGAGAGUUUUGUUCUUUGGAAGUGAUGAUUUUGCAUUGGAAUCAUUGAAACGGCUUCAUGUUUCUCGAGAUGACACAAAAGCUGGAGUCAUAGGUUCACUUGAGGUUGUGACGCUGUCCAGAGAUGCUCCAGUCAGAAAGUAUGCAGAGCAGCACAGACUUCCUCUUCACCACUGGCCAGAUGUGGACUUAAGUGCACAGUUUGAUGUUGGUGUGGUGGUGUCAUUUGGCUGUUUAAUCAAGGAGAACAUCAUCAACAAAAUGCCAUACGGGAUCCUGAAUGUGCACCCUAGUCUGUUGCCACGCUGGCGGGGUCCUGCUCCAAUCUUUCAUACGAUUCUACAUGGUGACAGUGUCACAGGAGUGACUAUCAUGCAAAUAAGACCUAAAAGAUUUGAUGUGGGCCCCAUUCUUCAGCAAGAGCUGUACGAGGUUCCAAAGAACUGCACUGCUGAUGAGCUCGGGGCCACUUUAGCAGUUGUGGGUUCAAAAAUGUUGAUGGACACUCUAAAACAUCUACCAGAAAGGAUAGCAAGCAGAAAGGAGCAGCCUAAGGAGGGAGCAUCAUUUGCCCCUAAAAUCAGUUCUAGAAUGGCCUGGAUAAUAUGGGAAGAGCACAGCUGUGACUACAUUGAUCGAUUGUUUCGAGCUAUUGGAUCUCGGAUUCCUUUGAAAACAAUGUGGAUGGACAAUCCCAUCAAACUCCUGGACUUUGUUGGCAAAUGCAAUGUGUCGUUUACAGCUGCUCCUUAUUUAUCUUCAGUGCCAGGGUCUGUCCAUUAUCAGAAAGAAUCCAAUACUCUACUCGUCCGCUGCAAGGAUGGAUGGGUUGGAUUCAAAGCAGUGAAUUUCAAGAAAAGGCUGUCAGCAUCAGAUUUCUUUAAUGGUUAUCUCCAUCAGAGCAUGCUGAAGAAAUCUCCCUCCACAAACACCUGUCUGUUCCAGAGUUAUAAAGAGACUCAUUUACCUGGAGGACACAACAAUAACAUGCUACUGCGGAAUAACACUUCGUUUUGAAACCUGACUUUAUCACAAUCAUGAAUAAUAACAUAUAAUCACAUAAACUGUCAUGUCAUUGAAAACAUUUAGUCUGUUUUAAGACAAUGUUUUAUUUAAUAAUGGACUGUAUGUUUGCAGAUCUCUGCACAUUUGUAUAGCCGUGACAUGAAUGAAUGUGAAUGCAAUAAAAUUAUUUUGGAGA